AUGACUGAGAACGCCUGCCCACGUCGGUGUAGAAAGUCAGCUCCCGUGAAGAAUGCUGUUUUUGUUGGAGCUGCGAACAAGGGACGCAGUAAGCUUCGGGAACUUGGCAACGAAUGUGUCAUGUAAGUGAUCAACGUAGCAACCCUGCGCAUGCUUGCUUUGUCAUACCGUUUAAUUAAGCGAAGAAGGAACACCUGUUCAAGAGUUUUUUCUUUGUGAAUUUGUCUAGCAGGUUCACCCACCACAUCUUAUUAAGUAUUUAAAAGGCCCCCGCUAGCUCAUUCCCACUUUCCAGGGUGGAACUUUCAUGGGGCACCAAUGAUGACAUUGUACCAGCUACUGACAAUGGAUCUUGCUGUGUCUGUACCUCGUUAUCUGAUUCUUAGGCCCACACUCGGUUUUCUUGACGUUAUCUUGCUCCUGGAGCCGGGUGGGUCAGGGAAAGCGCGGUAGGUACUACGCAAGUAUCUACUUGUACAUGGUACGGCUGUAAUCAUGCCUGAUCUAGCCGGCCUCGAUGACCUCGCGAGCUUUACCUCCCCUUGCAAGUGUCUCACUGAACCUGUCCACGCGCAGGUUACCAUCAUUCCGUUCCUCCUUGCGGACGCAAGGCAGGAGUCGUCGUUUGCAUCGGUCGAGCUAUCAAUUGUCUGGCUAGCACCGGCACACUGUGUUUAUUGUCCUGAGCUUUCAGGACGAUAAACACAGUGUUCCGGUGCACGAAUCUUCUUCUUCACGUAUGCAUACACUGGAACUCGAAAUUUCGCCUUCAUUCGUGAAUUGUCUGGUUGUCGGACCUUCAUCGAUGUGAGUUCUUAGACACCACCCAGCCAACUCCGGAGGGCUAGCUUCUUGUCAGACUGCGAGACGUCACCGCAGCUUGCCAACUCGCUCGGCUGCGCCCGACACGCAACUUAAAAGCUACGCGCGCAUGUUAGUACGCGUGGCGUUUGCCACUAUCAGCGCAAAACUGGCGACAGGUACGAAAACUGGCGCCAGUGGGAGCUAGGCGUUUGCGAGUCGAAUGUUGUCAGGCGUGUUGAGCCCGGCUAAAUGUUUUGGAAAGCUGCGCAGGAGACCUAUACUACGUAGUUCUCAGAGAAAUUGGGAUUUCGACAUCGAUAAGUGUCUUACACGCGAAGAUUUUGUCGCCCAUUCAGUCAGUUGACUAGCCACGGACUCAACAAAGUCGGCUAUGCCAAAACACGGCUGCUUUAAUGCUAAUGCAGUGUUAUUAGACAGUUUGCCAGUUUCAGUGUGCAGCAAUUCCGUCGAAUCCAGACUUCACUCCUCAGCCUUGAUCUUCAUGGGGACUCCAGAAACACCAUAUCUCGAGUAGGUAGGUUGACAGAAACUCACAAAUAUGUACACAUGCAUUCAUGCGUACAUACAUAGAAGACUUCAAUGGAUACGUUAAUGUAUGACGUUGCGGAUGAACGAGCGAAACUUAGUGCCUUCCAAGAGGGACUUACUUUACAGCUAUUUCCGACAUUUUGUACGUUGUAGACCUCCAGGGCAAUCCCUUUUUGAAAUUCUUUCAAAACCGCCCAUACACGUACCAUCCUGCCGCAAAGUGAUGUUAUAAUCUCUAGUCAUAUUUACAGUUGUGGUAACACUCGAACCUGCAUUUCCUUUUCGACCGCCCUUACUGACUUCAAAAUUAUGCUCACCCAUUCUGUUGGUUGUGUUAUUGCUAUUGAUGGUAAUCUUGCCAUUGCAGUUGUUUGGGUUAAGCUCUCACGCUGUAUGUAAAAUUUCGCCUCGUUCGGAUUUACAGCGACCUUUGGUGGGUCCCCAGGCAAGGGCUUGUCCUUGAACUUGUUUUCUUAGAUGGGGUUUAUACCAUCCAAGCCUAAGCGACAUAGCUCAUACUAAAGUCCUGAAAAUAUCUCGCGCCGCCAGACACUCCCGUUUUUUUGGACAUGGUGUCCGGUGAUCAUUAUAGUAUCCAUGAUUUGAACUAGGUCUCGAGUGCCAUUCUAUGUGAAUUUAUAAACUGCCCAACAGUUUGAUCCAGGCCACUUAACCGCUUAAGUAGUUCAACGUGUAUACAGGUCACGUACGACGAUAAAAUUAAGUUCUACUAACUCGCCGUCAUAAUUCAUGGAUUUGCCUUCGGAAAUAGGGAGGAGGUGGCUCCGCACGAUGACCUUACGCCAUAGUUGGAGUUUGUUUCUCGGCCCCCGCUAUCCAAUCCAAGCCGCAUGGAAAGUGGGUUGCAAUCGCCAGGCGAAAAAAGGUGGGCUUCCGUUUUCCACUAUUCACACAGGAGGCGAAAUAACCUUUUGUGUAGAUGCACACCUGUUUCUCUCGACGUUAUUCCGGGGAAAAGAAAAGCUUUACAGUUCGCCAAAACAACUUUGAAAAAGUUGGGCCAUAUGCAGGUCGCAAACUAGACGGGAUUAAAUGUUUCCAUCGCAUUUUAAGACCUUACUUAUCUCCUUACGGUCGUUUUUUCGUCGUAAAAUGACGCGCGUGAUGCGUAAGAGUAUAAAGCAUUCGGGCGAUAUGUUAGCUGUCAAUCGUUUGAGCUAGGAGUUUAGUCGUUACGAGUUUCUUUGCCGUAGGCUCCUUGCUCCUACCGAAAUUCAGAAGUAUAUCCGCUGUACACAUUUUGUACAAUCAUUUUUCUGCUCCAGUACCCACAUUGUCACAAGAACCCGGUUUUGCCUGGAGAGGGUUGCGGUAUCCUACCACGAAAAUCGCUGCUUUAGAGGGUCUGUUUUUUGCUCAGGGGGCAAUCUCAGUCACUUCAUCUGUAAAUGAUUAAAGAUUUGGUAAGGUAAUUUGGGCGCUCGACUUCGCCACCUAGGGCCUCAAUGUGGCGCUUUAGCCUUGAACCUUAUGCCUUAUAAAGCCUGGUCCUGCGGCGCGUUUCAGGGAUCGGAGUUAACCCCAAGCAUUAGCCGACGCUCACGAGGCAGCGUACGAUCUGAUUAUUAAAAACACAUAUACGGCCGAUUAACAAAAUAAUCAGUUCCCGCACCCCGUGUGAAGGCAUGCGAUACGCCUCGGCCACAGAGGAACGCCCAUCAUGUCUAGCUACGCUUAUUUCUUUGCGGAGCAAAAAGUGCCAAACGGUAGUACAUUUGGCACAGGUGAGGAUCAAAUAUGCGACCGGGUAAGAUUGGAAACAGUAGCUAAGAGAUAAAAACAGUCAGGACGUCCUAUCGCCGAUGAGAAGCUUUUUCGGAGAAAGUACCCAAGUGAGUCAUCUGACCAAGUCAUCUACCAACAACUCCGUUGGUCACAUGACACGGGAAAUACCGUCCAGUAAUACCGUAACCUUUUAGAGACAACCUCGUAGUCGGGCUUCGUCCCGGACCUUGAAGUGAAAGCAGAAGAGUUCUGCCGUCCACGAAGCUAGGCAGAACCACUCAUCUGAAUCCGGAAAUAUUUGUGGACCACAAGAGCUGUCGUGUUGAUUCCUGUCUGGUGGCAGAAACUACCAUUUUUUAACUAUUACCUUGCACCUCCAAUAAUUCGUAACUACUAUUUGUUCUCCACUCUGCUUUCCCCAGCGUGAUUGUGUCACUUCCGUUGGUAUGUUUCGGGUUUUGGCCUGUUGUCUAUAGCCCUUGGACACAGACAAACAACCGCCUUCAAACCUCUUCUUUCGUUUUGUCUCUUUAGGAAGCAGGUGUCACGUGAUCAUUCUAUUAGUGACGUCGACAGGAGUGAAAGUCAGAAUGACCGUGUGCAUCAACGCUUCUCAGCGCGUUCUCGACGAAGAAGCCGGCACUCGCGGGAUGCGCCACGCAUGUCCACCCCAAUGGGCCGGGACCGGUCCUCCCUUCGCCCAUCCCUAGGUAGUGAGGUCCGCCAUUCUGGAGAGUCUAAUCAUUCACUCCUCAACCUGCCAGAUGUAGCCCCCGUUUCCUCUUGCUUAACACAUCUUAGGUUGGUAAACGACGAUAUCAUCCAAAGUACGAUCCUUACAUCGAAAUUCGUCGUGCUAGGGAACGGCUCAGUCAGUACAAGACUAAGGGUGACUGGGCAACCGACAUGCUUCUAAGCGAUGACGCUGAGGAGGACCUCCAGAGGUACGAAGAGAAAUUGAAGCGUAGAUACUCUCAAAGGGUAAGUUAAGUCCUCUGGAACAUUUUGCACAGUUUCUGGCUCAGUUUUCCUGCUUGUUUUUUUUUUCAAGUCGAGUAAGUCUCCAUAUAAAACCAUAUACCUUAGGGUGUCAGAGAGCACCGAUGCAAAAAAAUCUACCGAAACCCCUUGACACACAUGCGGGAUACUCCUGAGAGCAUGUACCAGGGAGUUAAAACUUUCCGAAUUGCCAAUGUUCAUGGCUGGAAGGUAUAUGAAACUUUGGAGAUGAGGUUGCCUAGUAUUGUAUUUAACAACUCCCACAGUCGCCACCUCUAAUUAGUUUGCAUACUUAUAGGGAACAAACAAGGUUCCCAUUUGACAGGUUGACGACUUGAGGUUUAUUUGACGAGGGCUGAAGACUAUCACCGAGACGCUCGUGCCGCACUGAAGAAUUUCCUUGACUUAUAUUUCAUAGUCAUCCGCCAUUGGGCUCGUCAAAGUAUGCUAGAGCGACCGAUAAGAAAGUACUGCGCCCAGCGUAAGACGGAGUGGUUUGGAUGACUAGAACAAUCACUGUGUUAUAAGGUCCCUCCGGAGUAAUUUCGAUGGCGGGGUAGGAAAGUUAUCAUACCUAUGUUCAAAUUAACAAUCUGUAAGGCAUAACGUACUAAGACCUGUCUCAACCCUGUUUAUUUACUUCGGAAUUUCCGUCUACCUCUCCAUAAACAUGCUUCAGUUUUUCACUACAGCCUGAGAUGUUAUGCCCAGACAGUAAUUCUCUUAUCCCAAUAAACAGGGUGAAUUCAGCGGUGAGCUGGAACUGGAAAGGCGUCAGAUGGAGCUCCUGCGUCGUCAGCGAGACAUUGACAUGGGCAAGGUGACAGAAAGAUAUGCCGAAUAUGUCCUCACAAUCCCAAAACCAGAACGCCAAAAGCACCACCCACGAACUCCGAAUAAAUUCCGUACCGUCUCCAGACGAGCCUGGGAUGGGAUGAUCAGAAAGUGGCGCAAGCACCUACACUACUUUGACAGUCCGGAGUGAGUUAUGCCUUCCUGCUGUUUAUUUGUUCCUUCGAAAGUUAGACUGUGUCCGAUGUGCGUAAGGUACUUCGAGCCAGCUUUGUGGAACGCAUAACUGCCCGUAGGACGGCGUCGCAGCUCAUUCUGAAGCCCAGAUUUUUCGCACAAAUCAGACCGUCUCUUUCCUACAUAACCUCUUAUAUUUUACCACUUUGAAUGCUCAAAUUAGUCAUUAAUUUGGCUCUUAUACUAUGGUGUCUGCUGGCUCAUUGCGUUUGCAAGCGUUGUGAAUCUACUCUGGCCUCCAUUUGUGUGCUUUUCGACGGAAAUCAAAAGUUAGACGCGAUGCUUCGUCAUCCUUUGAUCAUAGAUUCGAUCUGCGCUUGUCUUUGUACCCCACGGGACUGGAUACUUAAGAGAGCCCUGGGACCAAGUUGAACGGUAGACUCCCAGAAUGCAAGAACUGCGGACUUCGACUUUUCGCAUUUGCUGGAUUUAGCGACCAUCAGUGGGCAUCGUAGUUUUUUCACCUUUUCUUACUGAACAUCUUGUUUCGACCUCUCAAGGUUUCCUCGACACGCCCCUCCCCUCAACUGCUUGAUAACUAUUCAUGAGCUGCCUAGACCAGUUUCUCACACCGAGUUCACCUAGCCCAUUUUCGACUGCUACAGCUUCUAUCUCUGUUCUAGAUUGCUAUCCUUUUCUCUACUCUCGGUCGUAUUCCAUCCAACUGCAUCAAUUGCGUCCAGUUAAUCGUAAAUUUGAGUGACGUUACCUUUUCUCUAGAAAACGUACAGGUGUUUAGGCGAUCUGCUAACAGCCUCAGCUAGUAGAAUGUCCAAGUUUCGGUCAGUCUUCUUUUGCCCGGUUUUUUUUCGUCUAAGUUGUGUAAACUGGUGUUGUUCUACCGAUUGCUGCAGUUUCAACGAAACCUGGCGUUCAUUGGCUACCGACGUUUCUCUGAGUUCAUGUGGGAGUUACGCGUCCUCUCAGAAUGGCAGUCAUUCUGAAUCUCUGCACGCAUCCUCCGACGAGGCUUGCGAGAGCAACAGCACUGAGCAACCACCCUCAGAAAACGACCCCGUCCUUUCCUCUCUGUCAACAGUCCGGGCGGGAAAGGCAUGGAGCCAACGUCAUAACAUCCCCGUUAUUAUGGACGAGGAAGACACUCUUCAAGGUCUCAACAAGGCGUCGGCCGCGAACGCAGGUGGUAUAGCGUCGACCACUGAGGGCCUCAAUUCAGACGAAGAAACGCUUCAUGCCUCAGAUGUUGCCUCCCGUUUCAACCUUCGAGCCCGACCGCAAAAGUAAUAAUUUAGUUUUCUUUCCCCUUCCAUAAUGCGCUCAUCUUUACUUUCUUUGCGUGUGGAGUGCGUUAAAUGCAAACCUCACGCCUCGUUAGCCACUACACUCAAUCUCUACCUCUAGCCAUGUCGGAGUGGCCCUAUCGUUGUUAAAGGAGAGAGAAGAGAGUGAACUGGUUCUAACUUAGUUCUGGGGCUUAUUUUUCCCGUUAUAAGCAAUUAAACAAACUUCAGACUAUUACAACAUGCCAACAAACCACCACGUCCAUCUACAGUUGUCUUGGCUCAGUCCUCCUGCAACAUGAUGCGAUUGGUAAGAGGGAGUGUAACAAAUGCUUCAGAAGUCUACCUUAAACAAAUUAGCACGCAAGGUUUCGCGGUAUCCACGGACGGCCGCGGUCCCGCGGCUUGCGACCGAAACAUUACCGUCUACUUCUGGUUUGGCAUGCUACUUCCUGUUUCUUGCCUAACAGACGUACAAGGAAAGGAGAGUAAUAGGAACAUAGGCCCGUGUCCUUUGUUCUGCUGGUUUAGUUAGAUUUACUAAUAACCGAAAGUGACUGUACUUUAUUUUGUGGCUAUACGUCUACUUUUUGUUGCUUUAUGUCGAUCGGCCCCCUCCUAGUAUUGCACGCAAAAAUUGAGCAGAUUGUACACCUAACCGGAACAAACCUUUUACCACUGUGGAAUAUGUUCUGCUUUAAUUCUCUGGCUUUAUUUCUGAGAACCUGCAACGCUGCCUUCGUUGUGCUAAUCCCUUUCACAGUGAUGUCGCCGACGCGCUAACUUUCCUGAGGGAACCUUCCCUGUUAUUGCCGCACGGACUGGUAGUCGGUUCUUGGAGGUUUACCUGAACCAGAUGACUUUCAAGACACUGAAGCUUUGUAGGCCUUAGCAUCUCCCAAGGCACUGCGCCUACACCAGUACUUUUUGCGCACAUAUAUUUCAAUUGCGAGCAUCCCAUUAUGUGAUCGUAUCAUUUGGAUUGGUUACUGUGCAUGUUCUUCAUCGGGCCACUUGAACAAGGAACUUGCACUUACGAAUAGCCAACUUAGCAUGUGAAAAGUUUGCUCGGACUGUAAGUCACCCGUCUGCACGUUAAUGUAUUUUCGACGUAGUCUGGAUCAACUUAUUAAUUGCCAAUGUAGCUUCGUUUGACUUCGUCCCAUAAUGCGGGAGUUGUGUUUGAAUCCGAUUUCUGAAGCGACAUGUAUACUUUUUACUGAAAUUUGGCGACAUUCGAAAAAUCGCAUGACACGGAACGUUAUACACCGUCUUCUCAUGUGGACUUCUCCGCGUUGUCCCGUUUUGCAGCAGAAUCAGCUGGAAGCUCCUCAUACAGGGAAGAAUAUGUAUCCCCAAAAAUGCAGUCUUUGCUCACAGAAAGAACACCGUUUGCUUUCCUUUUGGUUCCCUAGAUCCGAUCUCAGUGGUCGCUUUGCUCCCGCUCCUGACGUGCUGCAUUCGGGUUUGACAAACGACAUGUACUCACUUUCCUCAAAGCGCGGACGAAAAGCAAGCGGAUCGGGUAAGCUCUGAGGCUUUUGCACAGACUGUUGUUUUCAGGGAGGUUCAAGAGCAUUAUUUAAUGCUAGGGCGAGACUAUUGUAAUUAAGAGGCAAGCUAACUUUCCCGGAAACCCAGACUUCCUCAUGCAGUUUGUCUUUGUGGCCAUAGUUGAACUCCUAUCCUACCUUAUAUCCACGUGCCAUAUUAUCUGCUGGCCCAUUUUGGCCUUCGUCGUUCGCGUUGUGAUCUCAACUCGGAGAUUGGUGACGCGUUAGUGUCCCACAUAGUACUACAAAAAGGGGAAUUUUAUACUAUUCAAACUCGGAAAUUCUUUCAACGUGAUCUAUUGUGGUGUUUAGCAAAAGGGUCAUGUUUGCUCUAAACCUUUGCCUGUGUUUGAGGCUAGUUCCGUAACAAUUUACUACCAAUACUUAGACUGUUGUAGUGAUGAGAAGUUCCAAGUCGUUUGGCAUAUUUAUUUUGGUAAGAAACUAGCCUCGACCCACUUUUGUACUCUGCUUUAGAAGCUGUCGCACCCCCUGAGAUCUUGUCACCCACAAAGAAGACACGCCGGCCAUCUGGUAACACUGGCAAGAUUUCGGCAUGGAAUUCACGCUCAACCACAGUUGCAGAAAACUCAGCACCUGCCCGCAAGUCUUCUGGCAAGCUGAAGAGUCCUCGUUGA